GAGGGGAAGGAGCACUUAUUGGUGCAGGUGCAUCCGUUGCUGGUAUUGGAUCAGAUAUUGGAGGCAGCAUCAGAAUUCCAGCUUUCUUCAAUGGAGUGUUUGGCCAUAAACCUACGCCUGAAGUUGUAUCGAAUUAUGGAACCUAUCCUCCGUCCGGUGAGAGAGAAUUUGUGCCAUAUUUAAGUAUGGGCCCCUUGUGUCGUUAUGCAACUGACCUCAUUCCAUUGAUGAAAGUUCUCACUGGAAAAAGUGCACCUCUUUUGAACCUAGACAAACCUGUGAAACUAAAUGAAAUUAAAGUAUAUUAUGUUGAAGAUGUGAGAAAUCAUCUCAUGUUUACUAAAGUGGAACCUGAUAUUGUGAAUGCUAUACAUAAAGUUACAAGUCAUUUCAGAAACGCCUACAAAAUAGUUCCAAAAAAGUUGGAACUGCCUAUUUUGAAGUACAUGUAUCUCAUGUGGGCUUCUGCCAUCUCAAACUGCAAAGCUCCCACCUUUUCUGAUGAACUUGCAGAGCGCAAAGGUUUGAUGCACUUCAAAAUGAAAUUUUUGCAAUGGCUGAUUGGCCAGUCAAGAUUUACAUUCCCCGCCAUUGUACUGGGCAUGCUCGAAAGCACAGUUCUGGAACAAAGUGGUAAUUACUUGAGGAUGUUGAAGGACCUUCGGAGAGAACUGACGGAACUGCUCGGCGACGACGGCAUCCUGCUUUUCCCUCCUCACCCAACCUGUGCCCCACACCACAACGAACCUUUAUUCAAGCCCUUUAAUUUCGCUUACACUGGUUUGUUUAAUGUCCUAGGAUUUCCAGUUACGCAAUGUCCACUAGGAUUGGGACGUGAGAACUUGCGCAUUGGUGUACAAAUUGUGGUCAAGCCUUUCAAUGACAGAUUAUCGCUCGCUGUUGCAGUUGAAUUAGAGAAAGUGUUUGGUGGCUGGAUUUCACCGUCAAAGAUUGUGGAGUAACCGUGAUUGUGUUGAGGAAGAAAAUAAUCAAAGUGCUUCAUUUAAAGGAAUUAAAUUGCAAUCAUUGACUGAAACUUUUAAUAUAUUAAUUUUUAUUUAAUGUUGAAAAAAUGUCAGUGUCUUGUUAACACAAAUGUUUAAAUUAUUUUGUGUUUAUUAAUUUCUAAUUUUAUUUAUUAUUCAUGUUUUCCCGAUUUGUGAUUUAUUUUUUUAAAUUUGAGUAGAAUAAUUUACUGUAGCUGUUGAAGUUUGAUUUUCUUGCAUCUUGAUUUUCUAAUGUUUUGAAGAAUUCUCUAUUUAAAUAAAACACAAAUUGAAAAUAAUUAUUUUGAAUAAAUGCCAGUUUUUUUUUAUUUGGGAAUUGUUUUAUUAAUUAUUUUUGAAUUAGUUCAAAAAUAUUUAUUUAUUGUGUCCUUUCUUAUUUGUGUUAUGUAAAAAUAUUAUUACUGUAUAAAAUAAAUAUAUUUUGCAAUUCAAAAUUAUGAAUUAAAAAAUAUGAAUGAAUAUUUUUAACUUUAUAUAAACUUUUACUUUCAAGUACCUCAAAUGGAAAAUACUGCAGUCAAUUGAUAUUAGUAGCUACUACAAAAAUUAUAUAUUUCUGCUUAUUAUAUCUUAUUUUCCUUUAUUGAUUAUAAAUAGAAAUUCUUCUAAAUGAAAAAUGUUUAAUAUGUUGUGUAUUACGUCACAUAAAAUUCCUAUUAUUUCAUGAAAGUGCUGAAUUUUUCUGUGAUGCAGCUAUACAUUUAAUUUAGGAUAAAACAUCUCUUAAUUCAGUAAACUUAUUUAUCAAUACCAUAUAAUAAUAAUGUAGCUAUUCUGGUAAUGUGGUUAACAGGCUUAAGCAUCCUCUGAGUUUGAAAAAGGUUUUGUACAAUUUAUUUAAAUUCAAUUAUAGUUGUGAUUUAAUGCUCUUUUACUUGAAACAUGCCUUCCAAUCAUUCUUUUCAUUAUUUGUAGUUUGCUAAUUUUGUAAUAUUAUGCAGUACAUAAUAAUUUUUUUAUUAAUUCAAAUAAUUUUUAUAAACUUGCCUUUCUUGAAUAAUUAUUUAUUUUCCUGAUAAAAAUUCGUUUGAGAAAUUCCCCAUUUCUUAACUUGAAAAAAAUUAAAUAGUAUAGUGACUAAUUCAAUAUUCAUUCAAAUUUUUAGUUUUUUUUUAUUAUUAUUAUUAUUAUUUAAUUUUUAAAUUAAACAUGUAUAAUAUAACUUUUUUAAUACUUUUAUAGUAAUUAUGAUUAUUUUCAUGAAAAAUCAUUUAUUUUUUAGAGAAAAAUACUUAGUGAUGAAGUUGAAUAAGUGAAAAUGUCAACCAGUCUAUUUACACUUAAAAUAUUAAUUGUAAAUUUUUUUUUUACAUUUGUAUUUUCUAUUUGAAAAUAUGUUAAAAUCAUCGUUAACUUUUCAGAACUUCUAAAUUAGAGUUUCUUAAGUAAAAAAUAUAUCUCAA